AAGUGAAAGUAAAGUCUGGUGGCUGAGCUUGUUUACUGGAACAGACGCGUGUACUCCUCACACCAGGACCACCAUCCCCAGAGAACUCCUCCGAUCACCUGACUUGCAGCGUCAUCACAGACUGCAUUGGAGCAUCCUGUUGAACCUGUUCAGACAAGACGAGAGAGUCCACACUCUGUGUGUGGGACAACGUAGAUAAGCUCAGAUGGAAGAGCAUCCACCCCGACUGGAGGACCAGAGGUCCAAAGAGCAGCACCUGGAAGAACCUGCCGGACGUGGGGCUUCUGCUCUUGGCCAUGAGGGACCCCACUGUGAGUCUCUGAGGAGCGACUGCUCCAUGGACAGACUGAUAGACCUUAAGGCAGGACAGGAGACCACAGGAGGAGGACCGGACCACAGGAGAACAGGUGUAUUAAAUGGUGUUGGACUAGAGUCACACUUGGGCAUUACACUUCAGGACCUCAAAGAGAACAUCCACAGCUUUGUGGAGCAGGAGGUGACAAACAUCUGGAAUGUUUGGAUCGCUCCCAACACAGAGAGGGAAGUGCAUGUGGUGAUGGGCGUGGAGUGUGAGGAGCAGAGGAGCAACAGAGAAGCACUCGUGAAUAUCAUUGUGAGCCGCUUGAGGACAAUGACGCAGGACCUCCUGGCUGAGCGUCUGAGGAACAGGUGUUGUGCUGGCAAGUGUCGACGUCAGUUACAGAAGAGUCUGCAGAAGAAGGUCCAGCGUGUGUUCGAGGGGAUCCCCAAAGUGGGAAACCCUGCGCCUCUCAAUCAGAUCUACACUGAGCUCUACAUCACUGAGGGGAGCACGGACCAGGUCAACGAAGAGCACGAGGUCCGACAUGUUGAAACUGUGUUCAGGAAACCCAGCAGGCCUGAGAGAACCAUCAGACAAGAGGACCUCUUCAGAAGCUCAGCUGAGGGCAUCCGGCCGAGAUGCGUGCUGACGAAGGGUGUGGCUGGCAUUGGGAAGACCCUUCUGACCCAGAAGCUGACUCUGGACUGGGCUGAAGACAAAGCCCACCAGAACUUCCAGCUCCUGUUUCCUUUCACCUUCAGAGAGCUGAACCUGCUGAGCGAGAAGAAGUUGAGUUUGGUGGAACUCGUUCAUCUCUUCUUUCCUGAGGCCAAAGUCUCAGGACUCAGCAGCAUUGAAGGAGUCCAGGUUCUGUUCAUCUUGGACGGUCUGGACGAGUGUCGACUCCCUCUGGACUUCAACAGUCGGGUCCUGACAGCAGCUACAGAGUCCACCUCAGUAGACGUCCUGCUGACUAACCUCAUCAGGGGGAAGCUGCUGCCCUCAGCUCAGCUCUGGAUGACCACACGACCUGCAGCAGCCAAUCAGAUCCCUCCAGAGUGUGUGGACAUGGUGACAGAGGUCAGAGGGUUCACUAACCUCCAGAAGGAGGAGUACUUCGGGAAGAGGUUCAGAGAUGAGGAGCAGACCACCAUCAUCUCUCACAUCAGGAGCUCACGAAGCCUCCACAUCAUGUGUCACAUCCCCAUCUUCUGCUGGAUCACUGCCACAGUUCUGGAGGACAUGUUGAAGAGCAGAGAGAGCGGAGUGCUGCCCAAGACCCUGACUGAGAUGUACAUCCACUUCCUGGUGGUUCAGGCCAAAGUCAAGAAGCUCAAGUACAAUGGAAGAGCUGGGACUGACGCGGUUUGGGAUCCUGAGAGCAGGAAGAUGAUGGGGUCUCUGGGAAAACUGGCUUUUGAGCAGCUGCAGAGGGGAAACUUGAUCUUCUAUGAAUCAGACCUCACAGAGUGUGACAUCGAUGUAGAAGCUGCAUCCAAAUAUUCAGGAGUCUUCACACAGAUCUUCAGAGAGGAGAGAGGACUGUACCAGGACAAGGUCUACUGCUUUGUACAUCUCAGCGUGCAGGAGUUUCUGGCUGCUCUUCAUGCCCACCAGACCUUCUCUGACCAUGGAGUCAACCUGCUGGGCCCAAAACAAACAUUCCAAUGGCUCCAGUACUUAGGAUGGAAACCUCCACCUUCCCGGUUCUACCUGACAGCCAUAGAAAAGGCUCUCGAAAGUCAGAAUGGGCACCUGGACUUGUUCCUGCGCUUCCUCCUGGGCCUCUCUCUGCAGCAGAACCAAACCCUCCUGAGAGGCUUGGUGGCUGAACGUCACUCAUGGUCCAAAAAGUACUCAGCUCAGCUCAUCAAGAAGAAGUUGAACGAGAACGCGUCCCCAGAGAGAAUCAUCAAUCUCUUCCACUGUCUGAAUGAAGUGGAGGACACGUCUCUCGUGGAGGAGGUCCAACAGCAGUUGUGGUCAGGUCAUCUAUCCUCAGGUCAGCUGUCACCUGCCCAGUGGUCAGCUCUGGCCUUCAUCUUACUGAGCUCACAGGACAACCUGGAGGUGUUUGACCUCAACAAGUACGCUGCUUCAGAGGAGGUUCUUCUGCGGCUGCUGCCCGUGGUCAAAGUGUCCCAGAAAGUCAGGCUUAGGAGCUGCCGGUUGACGAGGAGGAGUUGUCCCCAUCUGACCUCCAUCCUCAGCUCGCCCACCUCAACACUGACCAUGCUAGACCUGAGCAACAACAGCCUGCAGGACUCAGGUGUGAAGCUGCUGAGUAGAGGGUUGACCAGUUCACACUGUCAGCUGAAGAUUCUCAGGUUAAGAAUGUGUGACCUGACGGACAAAAGCGCACCUCUGGUGUCCUCGGUUCUGAGCUCGCCCUCAUCCAUGAUGCAAGAACUGGACCUGAGCUUCAACAAUCUGCAGGACUCAGGAGUCGACUCUCUGUCCGCUGGACUGAAGAGUCCAGACUGUUGCCUGGAGACUCUCAGGCUCCAAGGCUGCGGGCUGUCCAUGAGAAGUUGUGGACUUCUUUCCGUCGUCUUCAGCUCUCCAUCAAGGCUGACAGAACUGGAUCUGAGUGAGAAUGACCUGGAGGAUUGUGGGGUGUCCUUCCUGUGUGUUGGACUAAAGAGUCCUCACUGUCACCUGGAGACCCUCAGGCUGUCGGGGUGUCUGAUCUCAGCAGACGGCUGUCCACCUCUGGCCAAAGCCCUGCGUGCCAACCCCUCCCAUCUGAGGCAUCUGGACCUCAGCUACAAUGACCCAGGAGGCCCCGGGUUGAAGGCGCUGCGGGCCGGUCUCAAGAGAGAAGACUGGAGGCUGGAAACACUCAGGUACCUUGUUCAGAUGCUUCUCAUCGCAGCAACAAUGAUCUCCUCCUCCUCCUCCUGCUCCAGGUUGGACCACAGAGGCCAGGAACUAGCAUCAUCAGUGCCGAGCACUUGCCCAUAUCUCUGAGCUCUGACUGACCUGAGACAGCACACCAGCGCCCCCAGCUGUCCAACAGGAGAGCAGCGAGGUUCACUGGACCUGACCCGGAGGACAUAGACAUCUUGGUCAGACAGUGACGGCCAUUCACUUCUGCAAGGAUGCUCCUCAACCAUUCACUGAGGUGGUUCUGCUUCACACCCAUUUUUGUUAUUCUGCCCACACUCAUGAUCACAUGACGUGCCUGACAGAGCUCAAAUGAGUGAUCCUGAUGCACAAGUACAAAUAUGAUCCUGAACAGUGUGAUGCUGCACAGCAGCUAGGUAACACUGCAAAAAAAAUGCCGUCACGUUUGGACUAAAUUGUGUGAAGAGGGAGGGUUACAGCCCAGAUCACCUCCUCUUUCACCGUCUGACUUCAGGACCGGUAUGUCUCCAGGACCCAGAGACGUGCAGGUCGGAUCAGAGCCGACCCUUCUCACCCUGGUCAUGGUUUGUUCCUCUUCCAUCUAGCAGGAGAACCUCCCGUCACAGGAACAGUUUCUUCCCCUCAGCCGUCAGACUGUUGAAUUCGUGAUCAGCCUUUGCUGUUAUUUUAUUUUAUUUUAUUAUUUAUUUUUGUCAGCACUUUAUUCCAAAGCACUUUCCUAGUUGGUGGGAUCCCGACUGAUCAUGGCAACAAAUUCAAUUCUGAUUCUGAUUCAGAUCAGUCCACCAUCACAAACGUGAGUCACAUGACUAAGCAUUUGAUAUGUUGGUCCUGCUGCAUGUGUCACUCUCACAACUGGAUUGAAGACUGUUUGGACAUGACUGAACCUUUUCAGUGCGGUGCUGUUAGAGCCGCUUGGUAGGGCUGCACCGAUCGAUGGGCCGGCCAAUUUAUCGGCGCGGAAUGGGCAUUCUGGAUGUCAUCGUGAUAUGUUGAUCAAAUAACAAAUGUACAAUGAUUUAUUUUAUUUCAUAAAUGCUGUUUAUGUUAGUACACAAUGAGCAAUGUUCUAACUAUUAAAAAUUUUACAUCACAAUUUAUAAAAUGACAAAACAGAGCAGGCAUUUCUCAGGAAAAAUCACAUGGCUUGUUGUGAUGUUGCAGACCUGCAGCCACAGACAGUCGGCGGUCAUUGGUCAAUGCUUGUCCAAAAAGGAAAAUGUGCAGCCAUGGAGUAAGACUCUGCAGUAAAAGACUCAGAAAAAGAAGACUCUUUGUGUCAAAUCACUGCACCGAAUUUGAUGACCAAUGAUUUAUUUUGGAAAAAUGACAACUGUUUGUUUGGCAGUCAGAAAUAAAUGUGUGCUGUAUUCAGUUUGGUCUUAGUCUCUGCACGCUCUGGUUUUGACAUUAUAUGUGUCACAUGCUUAUGACACUGUGUUCAAGUGUUCAAAGGUCUCAUGGUUUAUUAUCUGCUGUGGUACAUCGGAGUGAAGGAUUGAGCAGACGUGAAGGGAGCGCUGAAGAGGACACAGG